UCGUAUUUUGUCACUCGAUCGGUCAUCGCGUCCACUUGUCGCCCGCUCUCUCUGAGAUCGGAUUGGAUUGGAUUGCUUGGAACUUGGGAGCUGGACUCGUCCAGUGCGGAUGAGGCUGGGGAGCAGGAGGAGGAGGAGGAAGGAGCUGCCGCCCCAUUGAUCCGCCAAUUAUCGAUCUUUAUCGAUCUCACGACGACCAUGUAAAGGUCACAGGUCAAGAACGGAAAUUAAAGUACCGAAAAAGAAUCCGGAGAUUGAUUCAGCAAUAGCACUUGGUCCUGGGCAGCCAGUGCAGAAUGUGACCGGAGCGCCGGACCGGAAAUGCUGAAGCACGCCUCGACGACGAGCAGUACCGCUGCGGCCGUCGCCACGGCAGCGGUGGCCAUCAACCCGCUGUCCACUUUGCUGGGCGGCCAGCUGCUGCGCACCGCCGCCAACAGCAGCAGCAACAUCAAUUGCAAUGGCAACAGCAACAGCAAUUGCAAUAGCAACAGCAACACCAACAGCAGCAGCAGCAACAACCAAACUGGAAGCGGCGGCAGUGGCCACAACACACCCCCAGUUCCGCUGGUGGAAGCGGAAGCGGGAAUUGGAAGUGGAAUUGGAAAUGGAAGUGCAACCACCAAUGGCGGCUCACCGACACCCGCAGCAGCUGCGGUGGCAAGUACCGCGCGCAACAUCCACCUGCGACCGCCGCAGCCGCUGAAUAUAUCCGCCCUGAAUGCCUCCGCCUCGAGCACGCUGCUCAACGAGGGAGGAGGAGGUGGAGGAGGAGGAGGAGGUCACAGGGGCAACUCCUCCACGCUGCUGAAUAUCGCCACGCCCAGCACGCCGCUCAAGCCGCUCACCCCGCUCACCCCGCUCACGCCGCUCACCCAGCUGACGCCCAACGGACACUUUCUGGGCAACGGGAGUGUGCACCACCACACCUACACCAACCAGCACAUCCUGGCCAGCAGCGGUGGUGCUGGUGGCCAGCAACAGCAGACGCAACAGCAGCCGCAGCAGCAGCAGCAACAGCAGCAACAGCUGCCACAUGCGCCGGCGCAUGCGCACAGUCUCAGCCAAGUGGCGCCCAACUACAGCAGGAACUACAGCCACCUGACGCCCAAUCCUGCGCGCCACAAGCUGCCCAAGUCGGGUCCUUCGCCCCGCGAGGCCCUCACCAGCCUGGGAUUGCUAUGUCUGAUUUCCCUGCUCCUGGCGCUGCUCUCGCUGAUCUUCCUGCUGAGGAUCUCGCCGAAUGGACGCGAGGACGCCGUGGGUCGUGGCGCUGGCGGCGAGGACUUCAUUGUCGUCUACGACGUGACCUUGGCCCUGGGCGCCCUGUCGCUGUCGCUGAACCUUUGCUGCCUGCUGGUCUGCGCCAUCCAGUUCCUGUUCGCCGUGAAGCUGCGCGAACCCGCGUUCGAGGGGCGGGAGAACCAGUACCUGGCCAAGUCGAGUGCCAGCCGGACGUGCGCCGUCAGCGGGUUCUUCAUCUCGAUACCGGUCUUCCUCACCGGCCUCAUCCUCUACACCUUCAGCCACUUCCACUCGACGCCGGCGAUCGUGACCAGCCUGCUGAUCGGCGUGGGCAUCGUCUUCUGCGGCGGCGCCAUGGUGCACAACGUCUUUGUGUGGCAGCGCGAGAAGACCAUCAGCUAUCGGGGUGGAGCGGCCCACAGCCUGUCGGUGAUCUCGGCCGCCCAGCUGCCCAUGCCUAUGACUAUGACUAUGCCUAUGCCCUUGCCACUGCCACCGCCGGGGGGUCCGUACCAUGGGUAUCACCAGGGCGGCGGUCACCUGGUGCCGCCCAGCGUGACGGCGGUCUCACCCAAUCAUUCGCAUGGCAGCUUCAAUCCGCUGCUCCUCGGAGGAGGAGGAAAUGGCUGCUGCGGCGGAGGAGGAGGAGGAGGAGGAGGAGGAGCAGGAGCCGUCAACUCAUCCUUCUUGGUGCGUCCCGCCACGGCCACGCCCCCCACGCCCACGCCGAGGACACUGGCGAACAGCAGCUGCCUGACGACGGGCCGCGAGGCCAGCGGAUCGGUCAGUCCCGGGAUCCCGCCGACGCUGGACAUGAGCAACAUCACCGUCCUGCUGCACGAGCUAUCCACACUCGUCUAGACUCGAAAUUCCAGCUUCUAGAUCAGAGGUG